GUCAGCUACCAGCACUUGCAAAUGGAAUCGUGGCAUUCAAGCUACCCCGCGGCCUGGGCUGAAACCCAAAAAUUCGCUACUGCGCCAAAACUUUUGGGCAGUAUGGGAUAUGAUGGGUACGAGGAUAUGUACUUCAGUUCCAGAGAACUGGAGGCAGCCUACGAGGCCGAAGGUCUGGCUUUGGACUUUUGGACUGGUUUCGAUUCUACAUGGAAGGAACCGUGGAAGUACUUCGACCAGCCGAGUGCCGUGAACAGGUCUGACUUGAAGCCUUGUAGCAACACCAACUUGUACAACGAUCUGUUGAUGUCAGCAUACCUGAGUGCCUCGGGUGACACGGCUGGAGUUGUGGUUCAACCUGAUGGAAAGGUGGUGGCAAAUUGCCCCGGUGAUGGCUACUUCUGGCUCUCUCCUUCAUGCCGCAGCGACCCUACGAAAUGUGUCCUGUAUCUCACUGGUGGAGGCGGCUACGGUUUGAGCGAAGUCUUGCAGAAGGCAACGAAGUGGAAUAUCCCCUUAGCUUUCGGAGUUGCGCUGACUUGGGGUGAUUUCACGGUUUUGCCCACCAAGCACAAGAGCAUGUUCUAUUGGUGGGUCCCAGAUCCUACCUUCCUCGAGCUGGCUGCUGUGAAGACGAUCUUUCCACCUCACAACAAGCAAGAGUGGGAGGAUGGAAUCAUUUCAUCUGGAGCCCUUGCAGCUUUCAUUGGUAAGAUUGUGAGCAACGACCUGAGCACUCUAGCCCCACGGCUUCUUGGCUUUCUGGACAACAUCCAGCUCGACCUUGCCACGGUCAACGCGAUGUUGCUGGAGCAGAAGACAUCAGGUGAAGACUGGGAGCCUAUGAUGUGCCGCUGGCUGCAGAACAAUGCUGACGUUUGGUGCCGGGCUUGCCCAAGCGGGACCUAUUCCAAACAGCUCUUUGACAACGAUGGCCCAACCUACAUUUGUGAGGCCUGCCCUGCAGGCACAAGCCAAAAUUCUGGGGCAUCGUUGGCGUGCGAGCCAUGUCUGAAGGGCGAGUACCAAGAUCAAACUGGUCAACAGAGCUGCAAGCGAUGCGAUGUGGGCGACUACCAGGACGAAGAAGGGGGGCCCGUUUGCAAAAAGUGCCCAGACAACAGUCGCACACUUCAGAGGGGCUCUUUGUUGUUCACAGACUGCGGUUGCAAAGUUGGUUACAUCAACGUUGCAAAUGUCACCGCAGGCAAUUUGAGCUGCGCGAAAUGCCAAGAGGGCUUGACCUGCCCUGUGAUGAGCAGCUUGAAGAGUUUGCAGGAUGGAAACCAUCCGUUGGGCCUUGACUACUUGCCUGCAGUUGCUGAAGGCUACUUUGUUACAGAAGAUCAACCCUUGGAGGUCUAUCGCUGCGGACUCAUCACUUCCUGUCCUGGCGGAUUGCCUGCGCAAUGCGGCGGUGGCUUGAUCGGGGUGCCGUGUGGUGAAUGCCCAGAAGGUUACAACUUGAGUGAGGGAAAGUGCGAACAAUGCGAAGACUCCAUGGUAGUGCUUUGGGUACUGGGUAUGCUCUUCGUCUUCGUCUUGUUGACAGCUUCGUACUACCUAAUGACCUCAAAAGUAACAGCAAAAGCAUCUGUGCUGUUCACCACCACCUGCGCCUUUGGCAUGCUCAUUUCCUUGUUGCAGAGCAUCGGCAUUAUUGGCACGAUGACGGUCGAGUUUCCGGUGAACAUUUCCUCCUUCUUCGGUUGGUUCUCCAUCCUGAUGCUGGAUCUGGACAACUUCGGCUUCGCAUGCCUUGCGGGAAGUGCAACGGCGCUCCGUUACUUAGCGAGUGUUUUGUUCUUUCCCGCUGGAAUUGCUUGGUACAUGCUGAACUUUGGAGUGAGCCAGCUCGUGCCCAGACAUCGAUGGGACGCAACAAAGGUUGCAAGCUGCAUGGGACAGUUCAUGCAGGUGGGUUUCUCCACGAUGAGUGCUACCGCGCUUAUCCCAUUGACGUGCUACACACAUCCCAACCAGAAACAGAGCCUCUUGAAGUAUCCUGAUGUGAUCUGUGGCACAGACGAACAUGGUAAGAUGCUUGCCAUUGGCAUUUGCUUGCUGAUUGUGGGUGUCUUUGGUUUCCUGAGUCUUUGUAGCUAUGCGGCUUACAUGGUUCCAACUUGGAGUGCCCGAGAACAACACAGCCGCGUCCGCGCUUUCCGCUUCUUGGUCUUCCGCUUCAGGUUGGACAGCUGGUGGUUUGGAGUUCCUCUGUUGACCAGAGGACCGCUGAUUGCCUUGCCCAUCGUGCUUGCUACUGACUACCCAGCGGUGCAGACCGUGUGGUUGACGUUCAUCCUGCUGUGCUUUUUGGCAUGUCAGGCUUUGGCAUGGCCAUGGAAGGUGCCGCUGUUAAACGCUUUGGAUUGCUGGAUGUCCUAGUGCAUCAUGAUUUUGGUGGCAGCUUCGGCUUUGUACUUGGAGCCCAUCAACAAAGAAGG